UAUGGAGUCUCGGCUGUACUGUUUUAGAAAUGGCUACGACGAAACCUCCAUGGAGCCAGUAUGAAGGAGGGGUUCCUUCUUUGUUCAAGAUUGGAAACAGCAAGGCACUUCCGGAUAUCCCUGAUCAUUUAUCUGAAGAGGGCAAGGAUUUUGUGAGAACAUGCCUACAAAGAAACCCCGCAAAUCGUCCAACAGCUGCUCAGAUUUUAGAUCACCCUUUUGUAAGAAACGCAAUGCCGAUGGAAAGGCCUAUUGUGAGUGCCGAGCCUGCAGAAACUAUGAAUGUACCUUCAAGCACCAUGAGAUCACUGGACAUUGGAGUCGCAAGGAGUCUUUCGUGCAUAGACUCGGAAGAUGCAACCAUUAGGCCAAAACAGUUUCAUUGA